AAGUAUUUUUCUUAUAUUAUUACACUGUGACUGUGUACAGUUUUGCACGUCAACACAUUCUGGAUCUCUGCUCUACAGUGUACACCGUGAAAACUACACAGCUGAGGCAAGCAAAGACUUUUGUGGAUAUGGAUAGACACUGGCGAUUUUAUGGUCAGAGGUUUCAAUAAACUCAACAAACUCAACCUUUCUUGACAAUAGGUUGAGUGGAACUUGUGGCAUGAGCUGUUACAAAAACACACCACUACACCUUUACUCAAACACGUCAUUUAGUUGAUUUAUUUUAAUUGUAUGUCUCUUUCAUUAUUCAUAAUUGGUGAAAUUAUAAUUAGUAUUUAAUCAUUGAUUUCAUAAAUUAUAUUCCUUUAAUGAAAGACCACCUCAAGUUGGGAUGUGUCCUAUCACCAUUCAGUUGUUUGAGUAAAGAGAUUUUGUUUGUGCCAUCAAUCUAUUAGUGACUUCUAUUACGAGAGAUAAAAUACUGACUGAUGUGAUCCGUGAAUUCGCUCUCCAGUAGCAAUAUGCAACCCAGAGAAAACUAGUGAAUUACACAGAUCAAGACAAAAAAAAACUCUAAAUGAGUGGUGUUUUAAAAUUGAGAAUUGGUAAAUUAUUGAGUGGCUGUACAAGAAAAUGGCAGACAGCUUCCUUGAGUUAUAAACAUACAAAAUUACACUAUAAAAAAAACAAAUUUGCUGUGGUGACAGUUAUUGUAACAGUUUUAACUUGUGGAACAUUAAUAUGUGUUGAAAUUUCUGCAUUGAAUAGAAAGUUAUCAACUGCAACAAAUGUAUUUGAAGUGGACAGAAAUUUAGGACAAUAUAUCUCUUUGUUUGAUACUGAUUUCAGUACAGAAGAGUUUAGAAAAAAAUGGAAAGCAUCAUUAGAUUUGGAGAAAAUUGCCAAAGAACCCUGGUUUUCAUGGCUCCAGUCAAGAAGUACAGAUCCCUGGCGUCUGUUAAAUCUGGCCAGAUCAGACGAUCAAUAUGUUCGUCACUUAGGAGUACAAGCAUUAGCUGAUAGAGAUGAUUGGGAAGAUUUCCAAUAUAGAAAUAUAGCUCAAGCUGCAGAUUGUAGAACAUUGGUUGGUUUAGCAAGAUCACCAGACAUAGAUUUACGUUUCUUUCUACCUCCGCCAAAACAAUAUAAACCUCAGAUGAAUAUGUACGAUGAAUUAACAACUUUAUUAACAUCUCUUCCCGAUACUGGUGUAAAUAAAUGUGUUAAAUAUUUUACACAAGUAGCUUUAAAACAUGGUAAACCUCCAGAUGAUAAGGGAGGUUUUUGGAGUUUUGGUGGUCAAACACUAGCUUCACCUGAUGGUAGUAAUAGUUUAACAGAGAAAACUGUGGAAUUGUGCAGCUUACAAGCAUUAGUCAGUCAUUCAACAGUACCUUCACAUUGUAUAGAGAUAGUUGAAAGAGGAGGAUUAGCCUUACUACAACGUAUAUUAGAAGAUAAAGCUGACUGUAUUAAAACACAUAUAUUAUUAGCUAGAAUACUGUCAAAUAUAGCAUUAGUACAAGAUCUACAUCAACAUGUAUUCAUAUCAGGAUGGGUAACAAUUUUAGCAAAGUGGUUGAAAUCUGAAAAUUGGAUUUUAGCAACAGUGGCAGCCAAAGCACUGUAUAAUUUAGACCAGGAUUAUACAUCUAGUCAAUUAGAGGAAGGAGUUUACGUAUUUCAUCCUUUGCAUAGAACAAGAUCAGUAUUAAAUGCCGAUAUUGUAUUUGUACAUGGUGUAUUAGGAGGAUCAUUUAGAUCCUGGAGACAACGAGAUAUACCUGAUAAUCAAAUAAUUCCAGGAGAAAAUAGAACGUCUUGUUGGCCGAAGGACUGGCUAGCGAAAGAUAUGAAACGAGUAAGAAUAGUUAGUCUAGAUUAUGAUACCCAUCUAUCAGAAUGGUAUUCUACAUGUCCUCAUGAUAUAGAAAAAAGAUCUUUAGUAAAGAGAGCAGAAGAAAUGAUAGAAAAAUUAAGAAAAGCUGGUGUAGGUGAUAGACCUAUUAUAUGGGCAGGUCAUUCUCUAGGAGGUUUAUUAAUAAAACAGAUGUUAUCAUUAGCUAUAGAUGAUGAUAAAUAUAGUUGUAUUAAAGAUCAAACUCAGGGUAUUAUAUUCUAUGGUGUACCACAUUAUGGUUCCCCUCUAGCCAACAUAUCUAAUCAAAAAGCUGCUUAUAUUCUCUUACCAUCUAUAGAGGUACAAGACUUAAAACCACAUUCUCAAAAUCUUGAAUUUUUACAAUCAAGAUUUAUAGAUUUUAUGAAAUCCAGAUCCAUACCUUGUUUAGCAUUUGGUGAAACUAAGAAAACCUAUGUUAAAAAGUUGUUUUCAAUGUUACAAGUUGUACCACUAGAAUCAAGUAAUCCUGGUUAUGGUGAAUUUUAUCCGGUAGAUGCUGAUCAUAUAGGUGUAUGUAAACCAGAUAAUACAGAUUGUGAUGUUUAUAUAUUAACUUUACAGUUUAUAAGAAGAUGUCUUCUACAAGCUAAAGUAGAGAAUUAUCUAAAGGAUAGUUUAAAACGUACUGGGCCCAAACCAUUAUGAACUGAGUUAAUGUUGGUCAUAAUUAAAGUAUUAAAAGGUGAACUGUUAUAUUCAAAAACAUAGCAAAUUAUUUGUUCCAAAUUGACAGAAUUGCAAUCAAUUGACAAAAUUGCUAUCAAUUGACAAAAUUGCUAUCAAUUGUCACAGAAUUUAGUCCAGACAGCCUCCAGAACUGAUCAGUUUGAGUAGAAUUAAAUACAUCAAAUUUGUUUAAGCCGUCAUUGUUGAUUGAUAUAUUUUCUUAUUCAGAUAGCCCAUGCAUUUUAGCUUUAAAUACAUUUUUAUACAUUUGUUCUAAAGAUUUAAUUUAAUGAUCUCUUGUCAUGACAAAAUUUUUACUAACUACCGGUAAGCAGAUUCUACUGUAUUUGUUUGUUAGAUGAUCUGUUUAUUUUUAUACUGUAAAAAAAUCUAACAGCUUUUUACUGUGAGAAAGUAUUUGUUAAUUUUAUUUUUAAAAUUUCUGAUCAGUAGUAAGUUAUAUCUCUUAUUAAUUUGUUACUGUAGAGAAUCUGAUUUCCAAACCAUUUUCACAAAUUACUUUGUUAAAGAAAGAGUCUUCUUUUUUUUCUUUUUUUUUUUUUUGCCUUAUGAUAAAAAAUCAUUUACUUCCCUUAUUUUAUUAUACACCCACAUUUAAUGUGAAAUAAUAUUGUCAUCACCUUCAUCUGGUGUCCGUCUACAAUUACUUUACAGAUUUUUUAAUGUUAAAAGCUUGAGAAUAUUGGACAGGAAAAGUCCUAGAUGGAAGUAAGAUUAAUUUGGGCCGAAGUGUGAAUUUUUUCUAUUGCAAAUAAUUAAGUUUUAUUACUCCAUUUGCAUUCAAUUUAUGGAAUUUCAAAAUUAUUCAUAAGUUUCAAAUGCUUUUUUGCAGAGUUCUCUUUCCGUUCACAUUUUGACUGCUAAAGCUUGAGAUGGAGUUCAUAGUGUUUUGGGUCUCUUUUAUUCCAAUUCGCCAAGGGCGUGCACGGGCAGCAACUGCACGCUGUGAGUGUCUAGGGCGCGAAGCACACAGCAGGGGCUCUGGGUGACCUCUCUUGAAAAUUUUUUUGAAAUAUAGAAGCCCAAAAAUGCCAGUGAUCUAGACAAGAAUCCGGAUCUAAAGUGCACUCCCUGGAUCCAGAUAAGGUGCGUGGGGGGGCUGCUUGGCACUAGAUCCGCCCUUGAUUCCCCCUGCAGGAUUUAGGUUGUACAGUUGACUUUACUGAUGAGGGCGACAAGCCCAGUCCACAUUUAUAUAUACAUGUAUACCCGGGUGAUUCAUUAUGAGUUUUUUAGCAGUUGAUUUUAAUUAUGUGUGAAAGAUACAGGAAGUAAUUUCAGUUUGUGUGAUACAGUAGAUGUUUAGUUGUUUUAUUAUAAAUUAUAUUUAUGAUUGUU